GUUGGAGAACACUUGCACUUAUAAGACUAAAAACGAAAUCCUUACUAAUUAGUUCUUCAACAACACUUCAUAAUUAUGAAGUGGAAGAAAAAUAAAUACCGCUCCCGAAUUGUCUUAAUAAAAAAAGAUAAUGAAUUCCUGCAGAAAAAUAUCUUAGUGACCAUGAUCACCCAUAGGAUUGAGAACAUAGGGCUGACCUUUUGUGUGAGUGAUGGGAUCAAAAUACAUUGGCUGGCCAUAUUUGCUAUAAUUUCUUUUGUACUAACCCAAGGAUUGCAAAUUAUUGGUUUGUUCAAUGCAAAAGACGACAUAGACAAGGUAUUUGAAUGCUUCAGCGUCAUGUCUUUUUGUGGCAUGGGAAUUCUUAAGCUCCUGUCUCUAUGUCGAAACCACAAGCAAUGGAAAAUGCUUUUGGACAACAUCAAGCAGUUAGAAAAUACACAGUGCCAGAAUGAGACCUCGAACGUGGAAUAUGAGAGUGACGACGAAAAUGAUACAUUUACUUUCCCAAGCUACAUCGAAUCUUACACCAAAAAGUUUCAAAUUGUCUCAACUGUUUUGAGCAGAAUGUAUGGAUUUACAGCAAUUAUUUACAUUCUGUCACCGUUCGCAGAAUUUGCCCUUUUGAUAUUGACUGGCAAUGAGGAUUAUGAGAAGCCUCACGUUCUGCCAGGUUGGGCGCCAUUUGAUUCAUGGAGUUUUAUUGGGUACUUAACGAAUGUGGCGGUAGAGACAAUUUCAGCAACUUAUUGCGUAUUGGUUCACAUUACUUUUGAUUUGACAUCAAUUGGCGUGAUGAUUUUUAUUUGCGGGCAGUUUUCUUUGAUUCGUGAUUACAGCAGUCAUACAGGUGGAAGUGGAGCAUCGUGUAAUUUGUCGAAAAGAAGAGAGGAUCGCGCACAUCACAGAAUAAUUAUAUGCCACAAAACUCAUUGUCUACUCAUGAAUACAUGUGACGAAUUGGGAAAACAACUGCAGAAUAUACUGGGGGUGUACUUUUCCGUAGCGACCUUGACUCUAUGCUCAGUUGCAGUAAGGCUCAAUUCGGAAUUGAGUCGCAUGGAACUUGCGAGCUUACUGCAGUUUAUGUGCGCGACUCUUACGCAGCUUUAUCUCUUUUGUCAUUUUGGACACAACGUUCUGCACCAGAGUUCAAUAGGAAUGGGCGACGGUCCAUUUGGGGCUGCCUACUGGUGCCUCAGCCCUCGCAUACGCCAAGAACUGGUGAUACUAGGCAUGGGUAUGAUGAUGCCAAGGUAUUUUAAAGCAGGCCCAUUCAUUUCGGUGGAUUUACCUUCGUUUGUUCAGGUUUUACGCACAGCUUAUAGUUAUUAUGCUGUAAUACGGAAAUGAGCUGAUAAUGGGGUCAUAUUAGUAGAUAAAUUGUCUACAUUUACUUAGAUUUUUGCACGAUAUAAUGUAGUGAUGCAAUUGUCAUGGAAAAUUUUACUAGAGCAGGGGCAUUGAGUCAGAUCACACCGCAAAGAUAAAAUCCACCAAUAAUAUGUAUGAAGCUGCGCUCACCGAACUCUCUAGAAGGCUGUGAGAAGAACCAGAGUAAAUUGACACUUCUGUCGAAUUUAUUAAGUUUGUUUUUUGAAGUGAAUCAUUCACGAAUUCAUUAAUUCACUGCAAGUACGAGUAUCGCGGGAAAAACAAGUAAUGUGAUGGGAAUAUUUGGAGUAAACAAGGAUAAAAAAGAACAAUAAGCCGCUACAUGAAGCUGCAGACACUACGGCCUCACAAGUCUCGACGCAACAACAGUUGACUCACGCCCGUAUUCACAAACGAUGCUUGCUUAAGUGAAGUAGCAAAUCGAACGCACAGCGUUGAAUGGAGCUCUGUGAUUGGUUUGUGUGUGUGUGUCACGCGCACUGUGAGACCUCAUAGUAACGUUUGUUAAUACGGGCGUCAGAUUAUUUUAGCACAGUGCGGAUUGAUGGAUGGCUGGUCACAUAAAUAAAUAGUCGCGAAAUU